AUGUUUCCAGUGUCGAAUGUCGCGAUUAGGGUGAGUGUUGACGGUGUCUGCACGGGCAUCGAAACUCCAUGUCGUGCCCAAGCCAGUACCAGGGCCCGGCGAGCUUCUUGUCAAGAUUCACGCCGCCGCCUUGAAUCAUCCACUGUAGUCGAGGCCGGUCCUGAUUGUAGCAUCACGGCCUCUGCUCUGGUGAACAAGCUCCUCAUCCUAACUCCCAUCUUACGCUGGGAUGCCGACCCGGAUGGCCCCGAAGAUAUGGACAAGUACGCAAUCAUCGGCGCUUCCAAUCGAUACCCACACGGCACCGCCCAGGACUACAUCGCCGUUCGCAAGUCCGAAGUCGAACUGUGUCCCAGCCAUCUCUCGCCCGCAGAAGGGGCCACCCUCGCGCUCUGUGGAUUGACAGGAUGGCGCGCCCUCGUCACCAAAAGCGGCAACGCCAAACCAGUGAGGAAUAUUCUCGUGACAGGCAUCGGCGGGGGUGCUGCAGUGCAAGUUCUCCUGAUCGGCGUCGCGAUAGGUGGGAACAUAUACAUCACCUCGGGUGAUGAGGCCAAAAUCGACAAGGCAGUCCGGUUGGGCGCCAAAGGUGGUGUAAAACACAAAGCGGAGGCAGGAGAAAAGCAGUUUCAGAAGAUGCUCCCAGCUGAUCGUCCGUACCUGGAUGCAGCUAUCGACGGAGCCGGUGGCGAUAUUGUCGCUCGCGAGAGCAACACGCCUUUUAAAGCACGGUGA